AUGGCGCAGGCAAAUCCUACGAUGGAAGAAGUCACGAGCGAACAGAACGAAGACCAUCAAGUCGGCGUUGAAACGACUGAAAGGGACAGAAGAGAAAGAAUCCCUACCGAAAAGGGCGAGUCACUUCGCCUGGAAAGGCUUGUUGAGGAGCGAAAGGCCGCAGGAGUCGCUCUGAGGAGGCAGAUAACGAAGGUAAACUCUUUACUCGAAUCGAUAAAAGAAUUAGACGCAAGAGUCCUAGAGCAAGAGCGUGACAGUCUAGACUUGUGUAGGGAUAGGAUGAAUGACGCUCAUCACAAUUAUUACAAGGAAUUGCAUGACACUAAGGAAGCAGAUGAAGCGUACGAGUGGUUUGAUAUUCGGGAUCGCGAACAUUUCCAAUGUCGCAUUAGAAUUAACGAAGCCUUGCUUAGUGUGGAAAGACAAACAAGCGAUAAAAUGUCUCUGGUUUCGUCAAAAUUAUCCAAGCGUUCAUCCUCCUCUUCAGUAAGAUCUAGAAGAGCAAAGGCGGCGGCCAAGGCAGCGUGUCUUCAAUUAGAAAUGGACUUUCUAGAAAGGGAAGCAGAGUAUAAGAAGCUAGUAAUGCAAAAGGAGUUAGCUAAGGCAAAGGCUGAGGAAGAAACCAUGCGCAAAAUCGAAGAAGAAGAAAGGCAGGAGGAUUUCCCCCAGAUCCCGAAGCAUGAAACACCAAUUCUAGACGUCAAACCCAAGCUAUCGCCCAAAGAGGAACCUAGUGAAACGAAACCUUUGCAAGAUAACGGGAUCUUAAACCCAAAGGCUCCGUCCUUUGAACCCCCAAAUGGCCCAGUUGUACGCCAAGGCACGCAAGCUGGUGAAUCACCAUCACGUGAAUCAAAGCCGGAGAUUUCCGACAGAACAGACGAGUUAACCUCGGUGGUGAAGCUUGUCGCCGAACAACAAAGAAUGAGUCUGCUCCCAGCACAGCAGCCCCCGGUUUUCUCUGGAAACCACUUCGAUUACGCAGCAUUCAUCAGUGCCUUCGAAAGUUUAAUAGAGUGCCGAGUGAGCGAUCCAAAGCAGAGGCUCUAUUAUUUAAACCAGUUCACAUCUGGGGACGCUAAGGAAUCAAUUCAAGGCUUCAUUAACCUCGACUCUCCAGAUUCCUAUGAUAAGGCUAGAAAGGUAUUAAAGGAAAGAUUCGGCCAUCCUUAUCGCGUUGCACAGGCCUACAAGGAUAAGCUGAACGCUUGGCCUCCUAUGAAAGAAGGGGACGGCGCGCGUUUGCAACAGUUUGCUGAUUUCCUGGUGCUUUGCGAACAAGCCAUGAAUACGUUAAAGUACAUGGAAGGCCUUAACUCCGAGGACACUCUUAGAAGGAUAACUGCAAAGCUGCCAAGUAACAUGGGAGUGAAAUGGUGCCGUUUUGCCAAUAAGAUGUUAAAAUUAGAAGAAAGACUUUCUACGUUUCAUGACGUUGUCAAAUUUGUAACACAAGAAGCAGCCUUGGCAACCGACCCAGUAUUCUCACCUGAAGCCCUCAAGGAAGCAAGGAAAGAUGAGUUCACUAGCAGUUGCAGCAGUGACAACAACACCAACAGGAACACAACCUGGCGAAACAAUGGAAGAAAAGGCAAGAGUACAAGUAGCUUCUUGACAAGUGCCACACCUCACGAUGAUCAACUGCCACCAGGUUCUUCAUGUCCAUUCUGCAACAGUCAGCAUCACGAUCUGGAGAAGUGCUCAAGUUUCAAGAAGAAGACUGUUAAAGAAAGAAGAGCAUUUAUCCAAGAAGCUAGAAUAUGUUUCGGUUGUCUCUGCUACGGCCACAUGUCAAGAAGAUGUCGAAACCGGAAGGUGUGUAAGACAUGUAGUAUGCCCCACCCGACCAUCCUUCAUGAUGAAAGCAAAAUUUCUCCCAAGCAAGGUAGUGAAGACCAAGCAAGAGUAGUUCAGGCAGCUGAAGCAACUAGCAGCUGUACAAGUACCUGUAAUGCUACUGGAGUCACCGAUGCCAUCACAAACUCUAUGAUUGUUCCGGUUCGAAUGUACCACCAAGACAACCUCGAAAGACAAGUUGUAAUUUAUGCGCUGCUCGACCCAGCUAGUAACGGAACUUUCGUUAAGGAAAGCAUACUCGAAGAACUGCAAGUUGAUGGAGUCGAGACUCAAUUGAAGCUAAACACAAUGCAUGGUUCAGAAGUAGUUCCUACUCGUAGAGUAAGCGGUCUUAUCGUGGAAAGAAUGGAUAGAGCGGUCUACAUCAAGCUUCCCAAGACGUACUCAAGGAACGAAAUACCAUCGAGAAGAAACGAGAUCCCAAGGCCAGAGUCGGCAGCAAAAUGGCCACACCUAAGUCAUUUAGCCAACAAGAUUUACCCGUACCAAAACGAUCUGCAAGUGGGACUUUUGAUCGGCUCAAACUGUCCAAACGCCAUAAAGCCGAAGCAGGUCGUUCCUGGUAGAAGCAGCGAUCCUUAUGCCAUCCGUACCCUCCUUGGUUGGGGCAUCAUUGGUCCAGUGACAGGAAGUACAACCACAGAAGAUUCGGAUGUCUUAUGUCACAGAGUUGCAGUGAAGGAGAUCGGUAGCGAAGAAUUACCUUCCCAUAGUUUUGUUGUUGAGACACACGUAAAAGAGAUCAUCUCUCCAGAAGCAGUUAAGAGAAUGUUCGAGCGAGAUUUCAAUGAAGGGAAGCACGCGGCUCAACAAACCCUUUCCAUGGAUGAUCGAAGAUUCAUGGCAAAGGUUAAAGAAGGAAUUACCCAUCGUUCAGAUGGACACUAUGAACUGCCAUUGCCACUACGAAAUGAAUCGUUAGCCCUGCCGAAUAACGAGAAGCUUGCAGUCCAUCGCCUCCAGCAGUUGAAACUGAGAUUUCGAAGAGAUGAGAAAUACAAAGAAGACUACACGGCAUUCAUGAAUGACAUGAUUAAGAAGGGAUAUGCUGAGAAGAUACCAAAGGACGAAGUUAGGAAAGAUGGAAAGACAUGGUACCUUCCUCACCAUGGUGUCUUCCACCCUCAGAAGCCGGACAAGAUCCGCGUAGUCUUCGAUUGCUCCGCGGAGUACAAAGGGGAGGCUCUUAACAAGCAUCUUCUCCAAGGCCCAGAUCUUACCAACAAGCUUGUUGGAGUGCUAUCGAGGUUCAGAAGGGAGCCAGUUGCCUUCAUGGCAGAUAUAGAAGCAAUGUUUCUGCAGGUCCACGUCACUGAACAUUGUAGAGAUCUGUUACGCUUCUUGUGGUGGGAGGAUGGCGAUGUAAACAAGGAGCCCACGUUAUACCGGAUGACCGUUCAUCUCUUUGGAGCUGGUUCGUCUCCUGGUUGUUGUAACUUUGCGCUAAAGAAGACCGCUGAUGACCAUGAGCAAGAGCUUGGCUUCGAACCAGCCGAGUUCCUGAGGAAAGAUUUCUACGUUGACGACGGUCUGAAAUCUGUACCUUCUACAAGUCAAGCAAAGGAGCUCAUACGCAAGACUAAAGAGAUGUGUCGGCGCGGAGGAUUUAACCUGCAUAAAUUUACAAGCAACAAAAGAGAAGUUAUCGAGUCCAUACCAGUGGAAGAUCGUGCGAAAGGCAUAAAGGAGCUGAAUCUCGAGAAGGAUGAACUGCCUAUGGAAAGAGCGCUUGGUGUGAGUUGGUGUAUUGAGUCAGACACUUUCAAGUUCCGGAUCGUGAUGCAAGAUCGCCCUUUAACGCGAAGAGGAAUUCUGUCCACUGUUAGCAGUGUGUACGAUCCGUUGGGGUUUCUGGCACCUCUAAUCUUGACAGGAAAAGGCCUUCUGCAAGAUCUGUGCAGAGGUAAAGUGGAAUGGGACGACCCUAUCCCCGAGAACAUAAGAUCGCGUUGGCUGAAAUGGAGGGAUGAGUUACACCACUUAGAAGAUCUCUCCGUUCGAAGAUGCUUUAAACCAGAAGGUUUCGGAACGGUGAUAUCAACACAGCUUCAUCACUUCUCAGACGCAAGCACGACUGGGUAUGGCCAGUGUUCAUACGUUCGUUUGGUAGACGACAAAGGCCAGAUCCACUGUUCCCUGAUUAUGGGCAAAGCAAGAGUAGCUCCUUUAAAGAUGGUCACCAUACCACGUCUGGAACUCACAGCAGCUGUGGUGUCAGUGAGGGUCAGCGAGAUGCUCCGUCAGGAGCUCCAGUAUGAAAGUGUAGAAGAAAUCUUCUGGACUGACAGUAAAGUCGUGUUGGGCUACAUAAAGAACGACUCGAAGAGGUUCCACGUGUUCGUAGCCAACCGUGUUCAACAAAUAAGGGAUCAAACCUCACCUAGCCAAUGGAGACACGUCGAAACGAAGUGUAACCCAGCCGAUGAUGCAUCGCGUGGUAUCACUGCCAAGGAACUCGUUGAAAGUUCAAGAUGGAUUUCAGGGCCAGAGUUCCUUUGGACGCCCGAAGACCAGUGGCCACAACCCCUCGAGGCUCAAGACCUCGUUACGCCAUCAGACGAUCCAGAGGUGAAGAAUUUGACUUCUUAUGCAACAAGUACGCAAGAGCCAUGGAACCUUGUUGAGAGUUUAAACUACUUCUCGGACUGGCAUAGGGCGUGUAGAGCCGUUGCUAUCUGUCUACGCUACAAGCAAAAACUCCGUCAACUGGCGUCCUCCAAGAAAGAAAGUUGUGCUAAACCAACAAAACGUCAGCAAAGGCCUGCCCUGACAGUGGAAGAGAUUUUAUCAGCUGAAAGGGAAAUCUUCAAAGCAGCCCAGAGGGUCGCCUUUUCAAGGGAGAUGGGUCUGUUAAAGCCGUUUCAAGAAGGACAAGAUAGAUCAUCCGCGCAGCAGAAGAAGAGAGCCAUGAAGGCGACGAGCUCGUUGUACCGCCUCGACCCAUUCAUUGACCAUGAUGGAGUGCUACGAGUUGGUGGUCGGAUCCAACGAGGCAAUUUUACAGAUGAAACAAAGUUCCCAGUCAUCCUUCCGAGAAAGGGCCACGUUACAGGUCUGAUCAUUAAGCACUACCAUGAGAAGGUUCAACAUCAAGGUCGUGGAAUGACCUUAAACGAGAUCCGAGCCAAUGGAUUCUGGGUUAUCGGCGGAACAUCAGCUGUAGCCUCCAAAAUUGCAAAUUGUGUCACCUGCCGGAAGUUACGAGGUGCAGUCCAGGAGCAGAAAAUGUCCGACCUUCCGGAGGAUCGUCUGGAACCGGCACCCCCCUUCACUUACUGCGCUGUCGACUACUGUGGACCAUGGUAUAUUAAGGAGGGGCGCAAGGAGGUAAAGAAGUAUGUUGCCCUCUUCACGUGCAUGGCAUCAAGAGCCGUACAUCUUGAAGUCUCGAACUCCUUGGAGACUGACUCGUUCCUCAACGCCCUGCGUCGUUUCAUCUGCAGAAGGGGUCCUGUACGUCAGCUGCGCAGUGAUCAAGGAACGAAUUUCAUCGGAGCAAAACGAGAGCUCCGCGAAGCGUUGCAGUCUAUGGAUCAAGGCAAGAUCAGCACUGAGAUGUUGAAAGAGAAUUGUGAUUGGAUAACCUUUAAGAUGAAUUUCCCAUCAGCCAGCCAUGCAGGAGGAGUAUGGGAGCGCCAAAUCAGGACCAUUCGCAGUGUACUAUCAGCCCUCCUGGAGAAGAGUGCAAGUUGCCUGGACGGAGAGUCCUUUCACACGCUGAUUUGUGAAACCGAAGCGAUCGUGAACAGCCGUCCCCUGACAGUGGAUAAUCUAAGCGAUCCAGGGUCACUAUCUCCACUGACGCCAAAUCAUAUCCUCACAAUGAAAGCAAAGCCAGUUCUACCUCCGCCUGGCGUGUUUCAAAGAGAAGACCUGUACUCAAGGAAACCUUACAAGAGAGGUCCAAGUGGACGAGACCACGCCGUAACAUGCAAGUUGGCGACGUAG